CUUUCGGUCUUUUCCAUGCGGUGUUGCCACUACAGUUGGCCAGUGAAGCAGCAAAAUGCCGCGGGUACCAUUGGUUUGUGGUAAAACCUUCAGCACUCCUCGCCGUCCCUUUGAGAAGGAACGGUUGGACCAGGAGUUAAAAUUGAUUGGUGAAUUCGGGUUGCGAAAUAAGCGGGAGGUGUGGCGGGUGAGAUACACGCUGGCCAAAAUCCGAACAGCUGCCAGGGAGCUGCUGACGCUUGACGAGAAAGACCCAAAGAGGUUAUUUGAAGGUAAUGCCCUCCUUCGUCGUUUGGUCCGCAUCGGUGUGCUGGAUGAGGGAAAGAUGAAGCUGGAUUAUGUGUUGGGGUUGCGGUUAGAAGAUUUCCUGGAGCGACGUCUUCAGACCCAGGUGUUCAAGCUAGGGCUUGCUAAGAGUAUUCACCAUGCCCGUGUGCUCAUUCGACAACGCCACAUCAGGGUUCGUAAACAAGUGGUGAACAUCCCUUCUUAUGUUGUGCGGCUGGACUCUCAGAAACACAUAGACUUCUCCCUGCGCUCACCAUACGGGGGUGGACGCCCAGGUCGGGUAAAAAGGAAGAACCAGAAGAAGAGCUCUGGAGGUGGUGGUGGAGAUGAGGACGAGGAUUAACUCCCUUGUCGGAGCAAUUUUCAUCGUGGAGUAGCUCCCUUGUCUGGGAGCCUUGUUCAUGUACCAGCUCCAAAUAAAGUCAGAAUCAGA